GCUGGUUGUUCGGUUGAAGAGAGAGCUAGAGAGAGAGGAGGUGGGGCAGUGAGGGACGGGACCACGAAGUAGAGGGUAGAUGCAUCCGUUCGUCGACGGUCUGCCAUCUCCGCUUUUCCUUCGCUGCUCCGGGCGCCGGAUCGCUGCCUGCAGGGGAGCUGCUGUCACGUGUUCUCUUCGUCCGCGGACGCUUCCGUUGGCGAAGGGCGAGUCGCGCGGCCGGGGAGCGGAACAAACGGCGCCUGGCUGACGCCAUUUUGCGAAUGUGACGCCGUUGCUCGUGGCGGUGAAGAGAGAGCCUCCUGACGCCUGAACGAUUUGCGCCGGUCUCUGUCGCUAUCGUGUGGUGUAGCAACGACGUGCCCGUGCCUUGCGUCUCUGUGUCAACCGAUGCACACAUGGCCAUGUCGCAUGAUGCCCUGAUGUACUUCCUUGCCCUAAUACAGCAGCGUCCCGCGUUGUGGGAUGUGUCCAACGAUGAUUACCAGAUACGCCCGCUCAAGCAAUCCCUGUGGGAAGAGAUCACUGCGCAGAUGACACGGAAAUGGCCCUCGUUCGGCCCCUGCAACACAGAGUCGCUGAGGACGCUGUUCGCGAACAAGCGCCGAACGUACCGCCUGGAGAGGAAGAAGAUGCGCGACAAGGGCAUCCCGGAAACGGCCGCAGCCUAUACGGGAAAGUGGCGAUACUUUCGAGUUUUGGACAACUUCUUGAGCGGCGUCAUGCAGACGAAGGCUUCCAGCGAGUCCCUGGAAGAGCAGGAGACAGAAACGGCCCAGGAAGGCUUCGAGGAGGUUCUGCUGCCCGAUGACUAUGGAGACGAGAGCCAGCAGUUCCACAUACUGGGCGGUAGCUCAGUCGCGAGUACCCGCGCAUCGUCACCCGAAGUUGUUCAGUCUCAGCCGGAAAGUUCCAAGCGACGACGUGACCCCGAACCGGCGCCCACGCCAUCGCGCCUGUGGUCGGCUGAAAACUCUAGGCGGCCAGGGGAGCCCGAGUCCAGUACGUCGCCGUACGAAUUGUGGGCGCAAACCCAGUCUCUCGCCAGAAUAGCACGUGCCGUUGAGCAGAGCAUCGAUGCGGAUGACGCAGCGGGACAUUUCGGAAAGACAGUUGCGGCGCUGCUUCGACCGCUAAACGGUAAAAGGCUUGUGAAGUGUCAAGCGGAAAUACUGGCUGUGAUCGAAAAUCAUCUCGUUGAAUGAGGGACGCAUGACCCGUGUUUCAUUUUCAGUUGAUCUGCUACCUCGGAUACUGCGCCCUGUGAACAUGUCAUUUUCUUCGCUCGAGGAUAAUAAAAAGAAAACACGAACUGGGAGAAACCACAAACACA